UACAAGGCUAUUCACAACAGCCUUGUACCAUGUGACAAGCUGUGACCAAUCACAGCUCACUCAGUAGUUCUCAAUGGCUGCAAGACAUGCGGCUUCUAUUUACAUUAAGACUGUGUCCUUAUUGGACACAGUCGGUCACAUGGUACAGGACGGUCCUGUACCACGUCAGGUGAUCGCCGGGAUCCGAGGGACACGGCGAUCACCGGGCUCGCGGGUGCGCGCUCUAGGAGCCGCGCACGAGCCUCGGAUGCGGGCGGCCGUUUAUAAACGGCCACCCGACCCUGCACUGCCACCGUCCGGCCGUUUAUAUACAACGGCCGGUCAGGAAGUGGUUAAGGACAAGUCUAAAAAUUUUGAA